GGAAAUAAUAACUCGAUAGCGGUUUUAAAAAUGGCGUCCGGGAAGAGGUGUAUAUUUACAGUUAUAAAUGCAAUUAUUAUGGCUCUUAUCAUAGAAAGUCAAUGUCGACUCCAUCACCUCAUUCUUAAGUGAAAGCCACAUUAAGCGAAUGAUUCAGAGUCCUUCGCCACUAAAUACAUUUGUUAUGUCUCAGGAUGACAUCCGUCAACGGGUCCAUCUGAAUACAUUCGGCUUUUAUAAAGAUGGUUACAUGAGCAUGAGUAUGAACAGCUUAAGCUUCUCUCAUGGAAAGACGGAUAACAUUGACAGCUCCACGAUUGGUUUCAGUUUAGAUCGCGCGAGCAAUAAUGGCUUCUCCACAUAUCUGGAUGAAGGUCUUGACUAUUGUCCUCUGAAAAAAGAUCCAAGCAGUAAUUUUGCAGGAGUUCUUCUCUUGCUGGACUUCAAAAAUAAACUAGUGAGGAAGAAGACUUCAGCAGAGUCAGGUGUGUUUCCCAACAUUAUAUCUGUCUUGCUUAAAAACACAGAGGAUAAACUGCAGGCUGAGCAUGGGAAAGAGGUCCCAGACAAGACACCAGAUGACGGAUCUCAGCCUGAGGGGGUUGCUAAAUCCAAGCGAGAUGUUGAGAACAAGGCAGAAGAUACCUAUCCCCUUCAGAGCAAGGACCAAGUCUACUCUUUUCAGUUUCACUUCAAUGUCACAAGAGACGAACAGCAGGGCCUUUAUAACUUCUAUUUCUAUAACUGCUACUCCUUGCCAAUAAACCAGGACAGCUCAAUGUCAGGUGUGCUGACUUUCAGCAUUGAUAUCAACAUAGAGGAGAAGAAUCCAGACAGCUACCUCUCUGCUGGAGAGAUUCCUUUGCCUAAACUUUACAUCUGCAUGUCCAUGUUCUUCUUCCUCAUUGGCUCCCUGUGGGUUCAUGUUUUGCGCACUAAUAGUGCUGAUGUUUACAAGAUACAUUGGCUGAUGGCUGCUCUUCCAUUCACAAAAUCACUUUCCCUUAUUUUCCAUGCGAUUGACUACUACUACAUUUCCAAUCAGGGCUUUCCUAUCGAAGGCUGGGCUGUGGUCUAUUACAUUACUCACCUACUAAAGGGGGCGCUGUUGUUCAUUACUAUAGCAUUAAUAGGAACCGGCUGGGCCUUUGUCAAGCAUAUCCUCUCAGAUAAGGACAAGAAGAUCUUCAUGAUUGUCAUUCCCCUGCAGGUUCUGGCCAAUGUGGCAUACAUCAUUAUUGAGUCCACAGAGGAGGGCUCCAGCGAGUAUGGUCUGUGGAUGGAGAUCCUGUUUCUGGUAGAUCUGCUGUGCUGCGGGGCAAUUCUCUUUCCAGUCGUCUGGUCCAUAAGACAUUUACAAGAGGCAUCAGCGACAGACGGGAAAGCUGCCAUCAAUCUGGCUCAACUGAAACUUUUUAGGCACUACUAUGUGAUGAUUGUAUGCUAUAUUUAUUUCACCCGCAUCAUUGCCAGUCUCAUCAAGGUCAUUGUCCCCUUCCAGUGGAAGUGGCUCUACCAGCUGUUGGAUGAGCUGGCCACUCUGACCUUCUUCUUUUUAACCGGACACAAAUUCCAGCCGGCAUCCUACAACCCCUAUCUACUGCUGUCUGUUGAAGAAGACGACAUGGAGAUGGACAAUGUGGUAUUUACCUCAACAGCAAUGGGAGAGGGCAUUAAGAAAGUGAAUAAGUUAUCAAACGGGACACCAGAGGAGAGGGAUAGCAUGGCAUGAUGCGAGAAAGUUAUCUGUCGGUGUGCCUCUGGACUUUGUGACCAGCUACGGACAUUCUUGAAGAAGAGCUUAACAGUUUCAUGUGCAAAAUUCCCAAUGGACCUUCUCUCAUGAUCACAUGUGAAGACAUAGCGUUCCAGAUCCAUAUAUAUAUGUAUAUAUCUAUCUCUGUAAAUGUUGCACAGACAGUAUGGAGACUUCACACCACAUUUCUCUCUCAUUCCUUUUGCCACUGUAGUUUUAAUUGAAAUGCUUGGUGUUGUGCUUUUUAAUUUUAUCUUAAAAGUGUGUGUAGGAUUUUAACAUUUGGUUGUUCGUUUUUAUUUAUUUAUGACUUUCCUAUGCAUUGCUUGAUCACUCUGUGGCACUUUAACACUCCAGUCAAGAGAAAGCAUCUGGAGUCACUGGGAUGUGUAGAAAACUGCAAUCUUGGUGACGUCUCUUUCAGCUAUUAAAUGAUAAUUACCUUCUCUGAAUUUUCAGAAUUAAUCAUUUUUUAUGUUAUUGUGCAGGCCCCAGAAAAAAAAACAUGCAUGCUUAACCCAGAUUAAUGCGUCACAGAGAAUAAAAUGUACAGUUCUCAAGCUUAAUCAGGAUUUGAUGACAGAUGCUUUAUAUUUCCACAGUAUUUUUGGAUUAUGAAUAUGAAUGACAAUGGACAUUAAUGAAAUUUAACCUGCAUGAGACUGGGUGCCUGGAACCGUGUAUUUGAAAUGUACCAAAUAUUUGGAUUAAAAAGAUUUCAGGGUUCUUGUAAUUUAUGGUUGUUGUUAAUGUAAUAUAGGAUUUUAUUUUGAUGUUUAAUAUUUUGCUUAUUUUCAGAUAUUUUUGAGCAAGCUUUAUCAAAUUGUUUUUCAGUAUUAAACUGUGCAAUGGUU